CCAAUGCAGCCAAUCAGAGAGCGGGUCACGGCAGAGGACGGUUUACAGCCGCGGGCGUCAGAAAUUACGAUGCUCACCUCAGGAUGGAAACAGGUACAAUUUACACAGCAGUGAGCUGAGAGAUCUGGCGUUCUGGGAUCAGUUCAGCAUCUCUGAUGAGAUUGAGACCCCCAGAUGGAGGCCGAGACAGGUGAGAUCGUGAGCUUGACGGUCAUCAGGGGUGACGAUGGUCAGCUGGGCUUCAGCGUGCGAGGAGGAUCUGAACACGGACUCGGCGUCUUCAUCAGCAGAGUGCAGAAAAACAGCGCCGCAGAGCUGGCGGGUCUGUGUGUGGGUGAUAAGCUGUUGGAGGUGAACGGUGUGAGUCUGGAGAACAUCAGCAUGAGCAGCGCUGUGAAGGUGCUGACGGGUCACGCUCGUCUCCGUCUGCUCGUCCAGCGGGUGGGACGCGUGCCUGGCCUUCGCUACACUAAUGAGAAAACCACGUGGGUGGAUCUGAUCCAUCGGCGGAUGGUGGUGGAGGAAUCGGACGCUCCCGUCUCGGUGUACAGCUCAGAUGGAGCCCUGUGUCGAACGGUUCACCUGCAUCUCUCUCACCACCAGCCCUGCCUGGGACUCAACAUCCGUGGAGGACGAGAAUACAACCUGGGCAUCUACGUCUCCAAGCUGGAUCCUGGCGGUCUGGCGGAACAGGGCGGAGUUAAGAUGGGGGAUCAGAUCCUGUCGGCCAAUGGUGUGAGCUUUGAGAACAUUAAUCAUUACAGAGCAGUGGAGGUGCUGAAGAGUCAUCCUCAUGUCAUACUGACUAUUAAAGAAGCAGGCAGAUAUCCAGCCUACAAAGAAAUGGUGACAGAACUCAGCUGGAUGAAUAAAGCAGGCAGCGGAACCAUCUAUUCGUCUUCACAAGGCUCGGAGUCUCACUCGUCCACCUCGUCUCUGUCCUCUGGAACGCCCCUGGGCUCCGUGAGCGGUCUCUCUCAAGCGACUCUGCCCGUUAGUUUGCCCUUAGGAGCCAAAAUGUCAGACGUCCGCGGCUCCACUGAGACCCAGUUUCAUCCAGAUUCCACCGACGGUGGCGGUCAGUCGGAGCAGCUGCGGACGCUGAGCCGAGGACCCACUGAACUGCUGCAGGACUCUGUGAUCCGGAGCGAAGAAGAGUUAGGAGAGAGAAGAGUUGAGGGCAGAAAAACAUCUCUGCUAAUGGCUCUCAGCCGACCGAGUCCUCCGAUACGCCGAACACGAAGUCACGUGACUGUGUCAGAGGAGGAAAAGAAACACAAGAGGAAGCAGACAGAAAAAGGAGAAGAUGGAAGCAGGCCACUGCAUCGCUCAAAAACGUUCUUCGGUCUCUUCCGAAAGCGAGAUUCCUCAAGAUCCCGCUCCAGAUCUCCAUCUCGCUCAGAGAGCAGUCUGGGCAGGUGUGAUGCUGGUUUAUCUGAGCGGGAUGCGAUGUCUCAGCUGCGAGAAAUGGCCGUCAGACUGCUGGAGGAUGAAGACGUGGUCGUGCUCAUGGAAAUCUGUAAGCGGUAUUUGUCAGAGCGAGGGCUUACGACACUUGUGCAUCCGCUACUGGCCAUCCUGAACACGCCAGAGAAGCUUCUGCUGCUCCGAGAGAUCAGAUCGCUCGUGUCGUCCAGUGAUCUUCCCCUUUUCAACAGCAUGGUGUCUCUGUUUGAAGAGGAAGCUUAUGAUAUUCUGAAGAGUCGCUCACGCAGAAGUUCUCCUCUCCGCUCUCCUCAGUCAGGCCACGCCCCCCGACGCCACCUCAUCACACCUGUACCAGCGUGUCUUUCUGCCUCAGAUCUGCAUGGUGGAUUUGAGCUUCACGCCGCAGAGGACCUAGAAAGACAGAAUCAACUUGCAGAGGGUCUGGAGCAGCUGCGUCUGUCCUGCUGUCAAGACCAGAACGAGUCCAAAGCCUUCAGCCCGUUACUGGACGUCCCUGUGGACACUUACGGUCAUUCAGACUCAUUAACGUCCUCCAGGACGUCCACGCUCCUUCCCAACUGGCUGCUGGCGGAGAACACGCGUUCAUACUCCGGCCAAACGGCAGAUGACUCUUUCAGCACACAAAGAGGACGAUCUCCUGUGAGGAACGGACAUUCAGAGAGGAGAGCGGGCGAAGAAGAUGUGCUGUUUACUGUAGUGGACGCGCCUCGACACAAGAGGCCGCUGCUCUCACAGGUCUUUGGUUCACUAAAGAAGUCACAUAGUUCAACAGUGUCACCCGCAGGAGAGACUUUAUGUGAGAAACGCACCUGUGACGUCCACACGGAAUCAGAGUUUGAGCUCACCACCGUCCGCAUCAGCAAAACCAAGCAGUCUCUGGGGAUCAGUAUAUCCGGAGGAUCAGAGUCCCGGGUUCAGCCCAUGGUGAAGAUCGAGAGGAUUUUCCCAGGAGGAGCUGCAUCUACUAGUGACGCUCUGCGGGCUGGUUUUGAGCUGGUGUCGGUGGACGGCGUCUCUCUGCAGGAUGUGACCCAUCAGGACGCUGUGGAGAUCAUUCGACAGGCCUUCAGUAAUAAGAACAUCAAUCCCAUGGAGCUCGUGGUCAAAGUUCCCAGAGAGCCCCGAGUCUCAUGACACGUGCCUUACCGUAUGUAUUACACUAUUAUUCAUCAUUCUAGAGUGAAGAACAAACACUGUGACUGAGCGGAUCUCAUGAAAACAAAGCAUCUCUUCGUUCAGAAGCUUCACAGACUCUUAAAGAUUC